CUCAGCCGGGCGCAGGUGGCCGCCCUGGCCUUCCCCGGCGAGCUGCUGCUGCGCAUGCUGCGGAUGGUCAUCCUCCCGCUGGUGGUCUGCAGCCUGGUCUCUGGCGCCGCCAGCCUGGACACGCGGGCUCUGGGCAAGCUGGGGGGCAUCGCCAUCGCCUACUUCAUGGGCACCACCCUGGUGGCCUCCGCGCUGGCCGUAGCCUUGGCUUUCAUCAUCCGGCCGGGGGCUGGGGCCCAGGCGCUGAACACCAACGCCCUGGGGCUGGCCGACGCCCUGCCCACCAACAAGGAGACGGUGGACUCCUUCCUGGACCUCGCCAGAAACCUGUUUCCUUCCAACCUGGUUGUUGCAGCUUUUCGAACGUAUGCAACGGAUUAUAAGAUAAUAGUAAGAAACAUCUCUGUUGGAAAUGUUACGUUUGAGAAGAUCCCUAUUGGCACAGAGAUUGAAGGGAUGAAUAUUCUGGGACUGGUUUUGUUUGCUCUGGUUUUGGGAGUAGCUUUGAAAAAACUUGGCCCAGAAGGAGAGGAACUGAUUCGUUUCUUUAACUCAUUCAAUGAGGCAACUAUGGUCUUGGUGUCUUGGAUUAUGUGCUCAGCUACUCUCCCAUCAAUGAUCAAGUGUAUUGAAGAAAACAAUGGAGUAGACAAGAGGAUCAGUAGGUUCAUCCUUCCAAUUGGGGCCACUGUGAACAUGGAUGGAGCCGCUAUAUUCCAGUGCGUGGCAGCUGUGUUUAUUGCUCAGCUGAAUAAUGUUGACCUCAAUGCUGGACAGAUCUUUACUAUUCUUGUGACUGCCACUGCAGCCAGCGUUGGAGCGGCUGGAGUCCCAGCUGGAGGAGUUCUGACCAUUGCUAUUAUCCUGGAGGCCAUUGGACUUCCCACCAACGAUCUAUCCUUGAUAUUAGCAGUGGACUGGAUUGUGGACCGAACCACCACUGUUGUGAACGUUGAAGGAGAUGCCCUGGGAGCAGGUAUCCUCCAUUAUCUGAAUCAAAAAGAAAAGACGGCGAAAGAGGAGGAGCUAGAUGAAGUCAAUGUAGAAGCAAUUCCCAACUGCAAAUCUGAAGAGGAAACAUCGCCUCUGGUAACACACAGGAACCAAGUCCCCACCCCAGCCAGCACUGCGGAGCCAGAGUCAAAAGAAUCAGUACUGUGAACUCGGGGAAAACUUGCAAAGAGGUGGACUGCUGCCUUGUUAACAUGCUAGACCAUUUGCACUGCAGUUAGGAACUGGCUAUGUGUUCACCUUUUGAGUUUCAGUGGCAAUGAUUUGAAGCUACAGACUUGUUAGGCGUGUGGCUGUCUGUCUCUCCCUGGAGAGAGUGAUCACUUUAUAAUGAUGUUAUGAUGUUUCCUACAACACAGGUAUGUGUGUGGUGUGUGUACAUGCAUACAUGUGUAUGACAACAGUACCAAUAAGGAUUCUUUUUUGGGGUUAAAAAGAUAUUUAUUAGUAAAAGUCCAUGGGGAGGGGAAAAGAGGCUAAACCAAGAGGACAUACUGGUUGUAGAUGGAAUUUGCACCACAAACAGGUCUGAGAACUAGGGAAUCCUGAAUGGCAGGGUAAUGUAAUGCAGGAGCCAGUACUUUCUCAGAAACACCUAUUUAAUAGUAUCUAAUGGGAAAAUAGAAAGUGCAUUUCUAACAGACACACCCCAUUGUCCUUUGUGCACACGUUACAGCAAAUAAAUGCUGAAGACCAGUCAUUUUAAAAUCCAAAUUAAUAGCUCAGGGGAAUCUGAUCUUCAUUCUAUUGCCAAGCAACUUUAUCAAAACAUCCCCAGGAAGCAGACAUUGUGGCAGCGUUCGCUCUCUAUUCUCCUAGCUUUUGGUGAUAGAAAUGAGCCCCGCAACUUUAAACUCUAACAUAACAAAGAUUGGAUGCAGACAAAAGAUCUGCUUUCCUCUGUAUUUAAAACUGACAAACCAAUUUUAAGCCAGUUUUGGCAAAGUAAUUACACUUGGGCUGAGAACUUCUAUAGCAAGUUAUAGAAUAACUGCGUCUACAAGAGAAUUGUCUAUAACAACCCUGAGUAACAAAGAAUUCAGCUCUACGCACCUAAGCACACACAUGCCCCUGCUGUCACUAGAAUCUGUUCCUGUUUCUUUAAUGGCUCAAGUCAGACAUAUUAGGACACGUCCUUUUCCAAGCUACAUUUCUCAGACGAGAAAGGAAUAUAAAAACUCAAAAUGUUGAAACUGAUGAAAAAUCCAAAGCAUUAUCCCCCAGCUGUCCAGAGUAGGGACUACUGAUGGCAUGAGAGGGGAAGGCAUGUGGAAUCCAGUGAUUGCUGGUAAUCAUCCUAGCUCUUGGCAUGGCUGUGCCUGCCCUUCUUUGCAUGCUUCCCUGGUGUCCCUGACCCUUUGAGCAGCAUAGCCAGCUUGACAGAGGUACCGCUGUUGGACCCCUUGUCUGCAGCAGUUCAUUCUCAUCGUGUCUGUUCUUACCACAGGAGGUGGAAGAAGCCAUAGGCCAGGACUUAAUGGGGCAAAUUUUAAUCCUACAGGGUCUUCUGCCUGAAAUUGAACCAGCUGCUCCCUGACUUCUACACUGCCCCCACAGGGCCAGAGCCACAGCUCAUUGGAAUCAGUGACCAGACUGCCACUGAGACAGGGCCUCAGAAUGAACACUGUUUAAAGGGUGAGGCUUCCCUUUCCUCACAAGUCAGUGCUAUGCAUGGUCCCGGCUCCUCUCUGUGUGAGCCUCCCAGGCGUGGUUAGCAUCAUUAUUGCUUGUGGAACAGAGGGGAGCAGUUGCGCUAUUGUUGGCUUGUCUCAGCAAUGAACAUUUACCCUAGGUAAAAAGCAGCAAUUCUCUCCCUUAGUCUUCCUUUACAAACUGCUACACAAGGUGUACACAGGGAUCACAGCCCACACCAAUGAAACGCAGCCACCUGUGAGGUGAAAUGAAUUGUGCACAGCAAUGCUACACACAUGCUUAAGAUAGGAAGCGACGAAUGAGUCAGUCAGCUCUGAAACUGCACAUAGAAUUUAUUCUUUUGAUUUAAACCCAUGUUCAUAAAAAAAGAGCCCACGACACUCCUUGACUUGUUUUAAAAAUAUAGUGGUAUAAAGAAACUCCUUGCGGGACUCCCCUUUGCCCAAUAAUUAACAUGCUCACCACCCAGCUCCUGACAGUAAUGUCACAAUCUUACAAUCCCCCGUAAGAUUCCUCCCAGUUCCUCUCAGCUCGGGAACACAAAAGAGGCCUUACCACCUGUCCUGAAGGUCAACGCACUAGGGAUAUUUUGGACCAACGUGGGGUAUGACUCUUAGAUUGGCGGGCCCCUGGCAGAAUACCCUGCCCCCUCUCUCUGGAGUGCCAACCCAGUUGUCCCUAUUCCACAGUCCCAACUGUGGCAGCAUAGCGUGUUCAUUAGGUCCCAGGCCAUUGAGCGCCUUAUAGGUCAAAGCGCAUAGUUCAGAUUCUACACGGUACCUGAUAGGUUGCCAGGGCUGAUCCAAAAGCAGGGGUGCCGUGCUCCCCACAGGAUGUACCCUGUAACAAACAAGCUGUGGAAUUCUGCACUAGCUUCAGUUUCUGGAUAGAUUUUAGAUGGAGCCUCAUGUAAAGCACAUUGCAUUAGUUACGUUUAGGGAGCUAGGCUAAUUACUGGGGCUGGAAUUUAACCAAGGCCAACACUCCUGCUUGUGCAAAAAAGUGCUGGAGAAUUUGUAUGGACCAUAAGAUUGUUCAGGACCAUUCUUCUUAAUGUUCAAGAAACCUGGAAUCUUGCAGGUAGCAAAACUAUUUUAAGCUUGUACAAUGAGCCAGUCCUUUCAUUAUCCUAAUGUAGCAAGAGACAUCCAAGAGAUUCCCUGGAAAAUCACUUUCUCAGUGCCAAACUACAUAUUUCUUUUGAUAAUCCUUGUCAUAAGUAAUAUUUCUCAUUGUCUGCUCUUACACAUGAUGUUACUUGCCUUAAACACUGUGCAGUCCUAUAUGACGGCUUUGUCAUUUCGACUUGGGUGUUCCUUUUGUUUGUACUCUUUGAGGUGCAUGUACAAUGCAAAAUUGUAAUGGAUCCAAGGUUAUAGUAUCUUUAAUGCAAAUGAGAUUGUACAUUUUAGCAUCUGUCCUUCUUGUAACGCGGGGCCUGAUCCAAAAUGCAAUUAAGUUGAUGAGAAACUUUCUGUUCACUUUACUUGACAUUAAAUCGGGUCCUUAAAAUAACAUCAUUCCAAAAAAAAUUCUAUAAAAGGUCCUUGAAGCAUCUUGUUCCUGUGUAGGACUGGCCUGGUAUUCGGCUAUUGUACUUAUGAUGCACCAGACCAUAUCACACAAAGAACACCGUAUUUCAGAGCACUUUACAGAAGCUGUGGCAAAGGGACUGCAUGCUGGCAGACGAAGCAGCUGUUGUGUGCUCAGCAGCCAGGCCAGUAAAGCCAAUCACAUCUGUAUUGCUGCCAGCACAGAUCACCAGGAUUUCUUUGUAAUAUUGAUACGGUCUGUAAACAAUUCCAAUUCCUUUGCAUUAAUGUGUAUAACUGAGUUGUACAAUUUCACUGGUCCCUUCCUCGAUUUGUCUCCAGGCUGAAAACAUGCUGAGUCAAUUGA